GUGACAGACGUGAAAUUUUCAAUUCUAUUAUCAUUUUGUCGUUCGCUACCAAUCGUAUUGCGUUUGUAUAAAUUUUAUAAUUACGUGUGCUCUCCGUCGAACGGAGUUUUAUCAGUUUAAUAGUCACUGUCUGAAGUCGCCUUCUGCGCCAGUGUGUGUAAAGGCACUUUCGACGGAACAAUCUUCUUCGUUGCAGAUUUUAUUCAAGUUUUAAUCGCUUUACAAUAUUUUGAACUCCAGCAUCAUGAAGCUGAUCAUCCUAGCAGCCACCUGCCUCCUGGCCAUCGCCAGUGCCUCAGCAGCUGACACCUGCUAUCAGGACGUCUCCGUGGACUGCGCUCAGGCUUCCAACAGCCUCGAGUUUAGAAGGAAUUCGCUCCCAAGGUGUAACGCAGUCUACGGCGAAUACGGUCGUCAUGGCAACGUGGCAACAGAAUUGCAAGCCUACGCCAACUUACAUCUAGAACGUUCUUACGAAUAUCUGCUCUCGGCUGCGUAUUUUAACAACUAUCAGACCAACCGUAUUGGGUUUAGCAAGCUGUUUAAGAAGCUGUCUGAUGAAGCUUGGGGCAAGACUAUUGAUAUCAUCAAGCAUGUUACGCUGAGGGGUGACACAAUGAACUUUGACCAGCGCAGCACAAUGAAGGUAGACCGUAAGAACUACACGGUUGAACUGCACGAGCUCGAAGCUCUGGCCAAGGCUCUGGACACACAGAAGGAGAUCGCUGAACGCGCCUUCUAUAUCCACAGGGAGGCUACGAGGAACAGCCAGCAUUUGCAUGAUCCUGAGGUUGCCCAAUACCUCGAAGAGGAAUUCAUUGAGGACCAGUCCAAGAAGAUCAGGGAACUCGCCGGCCACACCACAGACCUUAAGAAAUUCAUCACCGCUAACCACGGACAAGACUUGUCUCUGGCCUUGUACCUCUUCGACGAAUAUCUGCAGAAAACUGCUUAAAUAUACAGCAAAAAUAUAUAGUUAUGUAAUUAAAAUUAUAGCUUCUGUUUCACUCUUUUAUUGUAGAAAAACAUCUUUGGAAAAAUAGGCGUUUUGACAGACAUCAUCUUAUGUCAAUCUGUCAAAUGUUUUCAAUAGAUUUACAAUCUUAUCACAAUAGUGGAAGAUUCGGUUAAAAAUUAAUGUGGUAUUAAUAUCUUAUUUGUCUUUUAAAGUUAACUGUAGGACAAAGAUUAUCACAAAUAGUUAUUUUUUUGUAAUAUUUAUGCAAAAAAAUCUGUCAUCUUGAUUAGGCUGUAUAACUUAAAAAUGUCAGCCAUUAGACGCCAUUUUGAAUCGCUUUUUAGAGUGAAGCAUAUUUUUUUACUUCAAGAACAAAAUUAAUUAAAAAAUAUCAGUUUUUUUUUUAUUAAACUUUGUACAAAAUUAGGCUGUUAUAUUGUGAUUAUAUUUCCAAUUAAGUUAACCCCAUUUAUAUUAUAAGCGAUAUAAUAUUGUAUAAACAAUAUGUAGAUGUAUCCAGUUAAUUUCCAAUAAAACUUUUGAUUUAAAUACA